ACUCGCGCUGCAUCCUCACUCACGUGGAGAAGACGCCCGGGGACGCAGCACGAGCGCAUCCACCUCACAUCUCAAGGGCGGAGAUGAAGAUGGAGUCACUAUCCGUGCUGUGCCUGUCGCUCCUUUUGCUUCAAGCUCAUUUUUCCCUGGGCAAGAAAAUAGGCGGCGGCGGCGGCUUUCGGAAGAGCUUCGGCUCCAGGAAGACCUCCACGUCCCACCGGGGCAACGCCAACAAGAACAACGCAGGCUCCAACCCUCGGGGGGGAUACCCCAAGCAGCCUGGACAACCCAACCAGGGAGGCUACCCUCCGCAAUCAGGCAGACCCGUGCAACCGGGAGGCUACCCGAACCAGUAUCCAGCGCGGGGCUCCCCGUAUGGUCAGGGAGGUUACGGUGGUCAUGGCGGUUAUGGGGGUCAUGGUGGUCAGGGCAGUUACGGAGGCGGAUACAUCAACCAAAACCCGAACAACAGAGUCCUGAGCCCUCAGUACAGGGGCAGCUAUGGCUAUGGGGGCCACGGGGCUCGGGGCGGCUCUCCCUUUUCCCAUUCGGUCCAGAGUAUGGGGAUGGGUCCCUCCGACAGGUCCAGAGGGUUUGGACGCAACGCGGCGAUGGCGGCCACUGGGGGCGUGGUGGCAGGGAUGGCCCUGGGCUACGGGCUCGGGAGGUUCCCCCGCCCUCCCUUCAGCUUCCACAGCUCCCAGGAGGAGCAGCACUACAACCACUACAUGUACAGGAGGUAUGGGACCAAGUCCACGGACACCAACGACUACGGCAGAGACUACAAGUACAGCCAACCUCCUGACACCUACGACAGCUACAUGGCCUCCUGCAUGAAGAGGACCGACCUUCUGCCGGGGAACCGAAAGCCGAACAACAACCCGGCUGCUGCGACCACGACUGCGACCGCUGAUGUCGCCUCGGCUUCGAACGCAACGGAGACCAACGGCACCGCAGCAGAGAACUCCAUGACCUCCGCACCUUCCACUUUAAAUCCCGAGCCUCCGGCUUCACGGGUGGCCGGCGGCGCCGAAGACGACGAGGAUACCGUCGGCAUCGUGGAGAUCGGCUACCCGGCCCUGAUUGAGCAGAUGAAGGCCAGGAGGUGCUUGGAGAUGUACAUGGUCUACGCGGAAAAGUACCUGACGAGGCCGACCGGCGGGGCGCAGCGGCUGGAGGCGGGCUGGUUGGGGUUUGCAGCCGUGGUCACCAGCACCACGCUGAUGCUCCUGAAUAGCAACGUGCUAAUGCUGCUCCACUGAGGCCUUCGCUAGCAGUGGAAGGGAUGGAGGAUGAGUUUGUUUGAAGGGGAGGGGAAUGAUGAAGAGGACUUUCUUUUUUUUGAUGUGUGGAUUUCUACUUUUUCUUAAAAUGUAGGCGUCACAUCCUCAUGCGCGUGCUUGACUAGCGCUGCAUCGUGGAACUACGUGUGUUCAAGGAAAGCGAAAUGGUUCGAGUACCCCGGGAUUCUGACGGAGGAGAAAUCCGGCCCAUCAAAGUCCAUUCGGAGUGAUGUAAAGCGGAGGAGAUUCAAUUACAACAGAACGCAGAGUGCUAAACCUCCCCACAGUGUGCACUCUCUCACCAUAGAUAUAAAGAGUGGCACUCCCACUACACAUCUUUUUGUGCUUGUGAUGUUUAUCAGAAGAAAAACAAAUGUAUAUGUCAUUAUUAUUAUUUAUUUUUGUUUGGGGGGGGGGGGGCGGUUCAUGGUUCAUGGUUCUGUGUUGUUAUUUUUUUUGCAUGAGAGGAAAAAGCAGUGACGAUGUGUGUAAUGGACUUUGUCUUGUGGUAUCCAGGGACGAGUUGGUAAGAUAGGAAAUAUCGGUCUAAACUAUCAAUUUAUACUGGAAUAUAACUUGUCUCAUACCUAUCAUUAGAGUACACAUGUGAAUGCCUUUUACUCUUAUAAAGCGGCAUUACCAUUUGUAAUGAAUCAUAUCUACUCAAAAACAUAAAUGGACUUUGAUCAUAUGAAUGAAAUACAUAAACUCAGCAAGAAGAGCAGAUUAUUAAAUCUGCCGGUAUUUAUUUGACGUGGCCAAACGGACCCCGUAUGCAUGCUGUUGAGCCAAAACGGUAACUUUGGAGCCAAUGCUACACAAAGUGCGCUUUUCCCUUAUGUGUGUGUGUGUAACCGCUCUCCAUGUGCGCGCUCAGUGCAGUGGGUCGUAUAUUUUCGGAUACUUUUUCAUACACUUGCGUCUUUCUAAUCGAUGUCGCCUCCCUCUUGUGAUCGCCUGUUGUACUUUAACCCCGAGCCGGAGAUUCAUCUCCAAAUCCUACUGAGUCUUAUGUUGCAUUGUCAGCUGAGUUUAUAACCUUUAAGGUCGCAUAUCAAGUUAUGUACGGGAGAUAUGAUUACUGCUUCUUUUCUUUCUCUCUCUUUCGCCGAAGCUAAGCUUCAAAGACGAUGUAAAAGAGAUUCUCUGGAUGUUUUUCAAAUUCAAAAUGUCUCUACAAAAGAUAUUUUACAUGACUAAUGCACACGUGGAUCACAUUUCCUAGCUCAUAGUUUAUUAUGUGAACUUGUGUAACUCCAACGUAAACCUGAAUAAGCGGUUCAGUAAUAGUUCAAUCAAAAAAUUAUGCAACCUCCAUGUUGGUGUCUAUUCCUCUCGUUACUGUUAUGCGUGACGUUUUGGGAUCAAUAUUACUUGACCAUUAAAGUAUGUGUUGACUUUUACUUUGUUAUGUUAAUUACAAUUUAUUUAUAAGUCCUUUGGGCAGUUAAAUCCAGAGGAAUGGAUCAUAUUUGUCGCUAUUUAAAUAGCCUAUUUAUCCUAAAAGGUCUCGAGACGUUUCACAAGCCACAGAAGAUCCUUCAGUUCAUCAGAAAAGAAGGAUUUAAUUGAAAAUCCCCAAAUGUAGAGGUGUACGUGGUUUCCCACUGGACAGGAACACAAAGAUGAUGAAUUGUCUUCUAGAAAGGUGACUAAAGCGGAUUAAACAAUUCAGUGUUUAAACAAAACCAGAUUUAUUGUUUGCCUGAAUGAUCUGAUCAAAAACCCAAAUGGCGUAGGCUACCGUUAAUGUGCCGUUUCCCGUCAACUAUGAAUGUAUUGAGAAUGCAGAUGUUUGCCUUUUUACUCUGAGGACUCCCGUUCACGACGGGUUGACUCUCCCCUGUUUUUGAUUUGUCUCAUCAAAAUAAACUUAAACUUUACCAAUGUG